AUGGCCUCCUCGUUGUUUUUGUUAACUGUGACUCUCAGUAUUGUUGCUGCUGAUAUUGGUGCUUACUUUAAAGCGCAGAACCAACGGCCAGCUGCAGCAGCAGUCUUUACUGAUAGCUGGGCUGUUGAGGUUCAUGGUGGAAUUGAAGCUGCUAAUGAGAUUGCAGAGAGACAUGGCUUCACAAACAUGGGAAGAGUUGGUGCUUUUGCUAAUAUUUAUCAUUUCAAAAUGAGCUCCUCGGCUAAUAAUGAUGAAAAUAUUAAAUCUGGUACUGAAGCACAAUACAUGAGAACUACUCUCAAGUCAGAGAUAAACGUAGGUUAUGUGCAACAGCAGAGUUUACAUAACUGGGAAAAGAAAUAUUUUCAACCAACAAGUCAGGGAGAUCCACUAUGGGGUAGACAGUGGACAGUUAACAAUACUGGUCAAACCAGGGAACCAAACCUUUACCUUGAUCUGAAUGCAGAACCAGCAUGGAUACAAGGAUAUACUGGAAAUGGAAUAUUAGUUGGUGUCGUGGAUGAUGGAGUACAGCAUACUCAUACUGACCUAAGGAAUAACUAUGUAUCAGCAUACAGUUAUGAUUUUAACUAUAAUGUUAGUGACCCAUCUCCUGUUGGAACAGAUUCCCAUGGAACUGCUUGUGCUGGUGAAAUUGUCAUGGCCCGUGAUAAUAAUGUUUGUGGAGUUGGUGUAGCUUAUGAUGCCUCUAUGGCAGGUUGUGCUGCUGCUGGUCCUCAGUAUUGUGAUGCUUGUAGAAGCACUCUGCUACGUAAUGCUACCUCACUGGAAUGUAUCCAACUGUCUGAGUGUCAACCACCUAACGAAAUUGCAAGUGGCUACUGCUAUUUGCCUUCUGAGUCUUCAGGAUGGAAGGUCAUUGGAAAUAGUUUCCUCCUUUUUAUUUUAAUAAUAGUUGCCUUUAAUAUGUAA